AUGGCGUUCCCCAAUGGCCUGGGGUCCUGCCUGCUGUGUGGCACCUGCUCCCAGGACCAAGACGAGGCGGCCGAGUGCACUGCCACCAGCAACACGAGGUGCCAGUGCCGACCAGGCCGUUUCUACAAAGCCCCUGGCGACGAGGAAUUCUGCACGGGGUGUAGCACGUGUCCCGAGGGGACAGUGGUCCUGCAGCAGUGCAACUCCACGGCGGACACGGUGUGCGGCCCGCCCGGUCCAGAGGGCAGACACCGGCUCUGGUUGGUCGGGAGCUUUAUGAUCUUGUCCGCGGUUCUUCUGGGCAUCACCAUGGUCACUGCCUGCACGAAGAAGCCAAAAGUCGGGAGAUUCCAGCCCGUGUGCAGCAGGCCCUCCAGCAGCGCACGCUCCGAGUUGGAGCCCCCGGAGGAGAGACCCCGGGACCGAGGAGAAAGCCUGGCCCCUGAGAGCUCAGUGUGCUGCGGCUCAUCGCAUGGGACCCGGGAGGCAGACCCUCCGGGCCCCCACAGGGGACCGAAGCCUGUCUGUGUGCAGCCCCGGCCCUGGCUGUCGACUGGAGUCGCCCCGAGUCUCGGCCCCGCCGGGUCCGAAAACCGGCCCCUGGAGACCGGGGUCUCCGCACACCUGGCCCGGGGCCCAGCCCCCUCGCCCACACCGGCCGAAGUCCAUCGCGGGGCGCCCCACAGAGCGCACCCACCGCGCUCCCGCGAGAAACGAGCCAUCGCGAGAAUUCCGGACCCGCACCCGCGGCGACGGAUUCCUGGAAUCGACAGCAACCGCCGGCCGGGACGGAGGUCCUGCCCCACACACUCCUGCGCGCCUCUGCACGCCCCUCCGUGCCCUUCAGCGUACCCGCGCUAG